CUGCUUAAAUAUGCAGCGGAGACGUCAUCUCCGAAGGUGGAUCGGGCGCAAGUGGCCAAUAUCUAUAUAAAUGUGGCCGAGGGGCGAACCGGCAGCAGGAGGCGAGCGGGGCCGGGCGGGCCAGCAGCCGGCAGGGGCCCAUCGGCGGAGCGCCCGGCCGCUCGCUGCCUCCCCCGGUGCUCGCCUGGCGGCGGGGCAGGGACCGGGCGGCCCCCGCAGGAGGAUGCCGGCGGGGCUCUCCUGGCCCGCGGCGGCGGCUCUGGCGCUGCCGGCCCUUGGGCUGCUGCUCGCCCUGUGCCGGCACCUGUGGGCGCUGCGCUGGAGCCUCAGCAGGGACCGCGCCAGCGCCCUGCCCCUGCCCAAGGGCUCCAUGGGCUGGCCCUUCUUCGGAGAGACCCUGCACUGGCUGCUCCAGGGCUCCCGCUUCCACAGCUCCCGGCGGGAGCGGUACGGAAACGUGUUCAAGACCCACCUGCUGGGCCGCCCGGUGGUCCGGGUGACAGGCGCCGAGAACAUCCGCAAGAUCCUGCUGGGCGAGCACACGCUGGUCAGCGCGCAGUGGCCCCAGAGCACCCAGAUCAUCCUGGGCUCCCACACCCUGCUCGGCUCCAUCGGCGACCUGCACCGCCAGCGCCGCAAGAUCCUGGCCAGAGUGUUCUGCCGCGCCGCCCUGGAGAGCUACCUGCCGCGGAUCCAGAAGGUUGUGAGCUGGGAGCUGCGGGGCUGGUGCAUGGAGCCGGGCUCCAUCGCAGUUUAUUCCUCCGCUAAAACCUUAACUUUCCGCAUUGCAGCUCAGAUUCUGCUGGGACUCCGCCUGGAGGAAAAGCAGUUCAAGGACCUGGCCAAAACUUUUGAACAGCUGGUGGAGAACCUCUUCUCCCUGCCCCUCAACAUACCCUUCAGCGGGCUGCGCAAGGGAAUCAAAGCACGGGACAUGCUACAUGAGUUCAUGGAGAAGGCUAUACAGGAAAAACUGAAGAGAACCAACUCAGAAGACCAUAGCGAUGCUCUGGAUUUCAUAAUAAACAGUGCCAAGGAGCACGGCAAAGAAUUCACCAUGCAGGAGCUGAAGGAAUCAGCCAUUGAGCUCAUAUUUGCUGCUUUUUUCACCACGGCCAGUGCCAGCACCUCUCUCAUCCUCCUGCUACUGAAGCACCCCUCAGCAAUCAAAAAAAUCAGGCAGGAGCUGAUGUCCCAUGAGCUGUACCCACAGUGCCAGUGCUGCCCUGCGGGACCCAGCCCAGACACCUUGCCCAUGCAGGGCAGGGACAGCAAGAAGCAGCUCCCCACUGUGGCCAGAGAUGCUCCUGAGGACCAGCCCCAGCCCCUGGGGCCCCCAGAGGAGGCAGAGCCCAGUGGUGGCCUCUUCCCACAGCUCCCAGCCCCACUGGAGCCCGCACAUCCCCAGAGCAGUCCCCAGCCCCAGGCCUGUCACUGCCCCUCAGACAUCAGCCUGGAGAAGCUGAGCCGCCUGCGCUACCUGGACUGUGUGAUCAAGGAGGUGCUGCGGGUGCUGCCCCCCGUCUCCGGAGGCUACAGGACAGCGCUGCAGACUUUCGAGCUGGAUGGCUACCAGAUCCCCAAGGGCUGGAGUGUGAUGUACAGCAUCCGCGACACACACGAGACAGCCGCUGUCUACCAGAGCCCUCCCGGUGGCUUUGACCCCGACCGCUUCAGUGCUGCCCGGCCGGAGGCCGCCAGCCGUUUCCACUACAUCCCCUUUGGUGGCGGGGCGCGGAGCUGCAUUGGCAAGGAGCUGGCGCAGGCCAUCCUCAAGCUGCUGGCCAUUGAGCUAGUCACCACAGCCCGCUGGGAGCUGGCCACCCCCACCUACCCCGCCAUGCAGACCGUGCCCAUUGUGCACCCCGUGGACGGGCUGCAGCUCUACUUCCACCCUUUGUGGCCCAGCCGUGGCAGUGAGGCAUAAGCCAGGGUGCUGCCCCCAGCCCUGGCUGUGGUA